AUGUCCCCUCUGCACCCCAAUUUCCUCCUCCUUUCCCCGCCCCCACCGCGGCGAAGCCGGACCGCCGGCGGAGCCCGCCCCUCCCCCACUACGCCAGGUCCGGGUGACUGCGGGUGCGCGGGGGAGGAGCGGGGCGGGCCCAAGCGUUGCCGACACGUGGGGAGCGAGGAAGCGUCGGAGGAGGAGGGGUUGGGUGUGUGGGUAGGUACCGAAAGCAAACGCCAGCAGGCUCCGGCCGCGGCCUUGCACUACCCGCGACGACCCGCAACCCGGCCCCUGCUCGCGCGUCCCCCUCCCUUGCGCGGCGCGGUGGUAGGGCCCGGUGGCGACGUCACCCAUUGUUUACAAAUCAACCGGAGCCGCCCGGGGGCCCUGCGCUGCGCCCUCGGGGACCGCGGCCGCGUGCGGGGCCGGGCUGCGCCCUACUUCGUGGCCGAGCUCGCCGCAGGCCCCAGCGCGCUGCCCGGGCCGUGCCGACGAGGAUGGCUGCGGGGCGCCGUUGCCUCCCGCCGCCUGCAACAGCGACGAUGGCCCCCAGCCGGGACGCGCGCCCGCGACGACGACCCGCACCGGCUCCUGCAGCAGCUGGUGCUCUCGGGGAACCUCAUCAAGGAGGCUGUGCGGAGGCUUCAGCGAGCCGUCGCCGCCGUGGCAGCCACGAGCCCCGCGGGCGCCUCUGGGCCCGGAGGCAGCCGCAGCGGACCGGACCCUGUCGCCCUGCAGCCCUCCGGCGCCUUGCACUGACCCGAGGCCCCUGGAGGAGGAAGAGGACGCCGCUGCGCAGACCCUACAGCGUCCUGCCCUCCCCAACCCUGAGCUGAAGCCGCCGUCACGGUCCUGGGAGCGACCGCCCAGGCUGCGGGGAGACGCGUGGGGGAGAGACCUCAAGGCGAGAAGUUAACUGGCCCCAGCGAGGCUGUCGGAGAACAAGAGCGUGGAGAAAUGCACCGGCCAGGGCGCAGACGUGCCGCGUGAGAAUUUCCCCGGCCACCUCGGGGCCAAGGACCUGGGAUAAACUGGGAGAACUAAGGCAGCUACAUGCAUCGACUUUUACCUGACUUAACCCUUGGGGGCGUCGUGUGCUUGGAUUGUUUAAAGAUUGGGCUCCAAGGGGCGGGUAUCGCCAGGGCUUUAUAACAAUACUUGAAAACUAAUGAUACGCAUACAUUUUCUUUAUUUUCCGGUGGAAGAGCUUAGUGGAAAUGGUGCUACAACUGCUGUGCAAAGAAAUUCCGGAGGGAAGAAGGAUGUAAAAGCUUGUUGGUGGGGGGGGGGUUGCCAUCACCCCCUUCUUCCCACUUAAUUGGUGUUUGGUGGUGGGUGGGAGAUGUGAGCUCCUGUUAGGGGUUAGAGGGAGGUGGAGAAUUUUGAAGGUGGGUAGAGUUGGAGUUGAAUGUGGACUUUUUAACUGACUUGACCUUGCCACCUGUGGUUCAAGGUCACAGUUUGCUGUGCGCAAAAGGCUGUGGGGUUCCUGGGAGAGCUAAAUUCACCCCUGUGUCUUUUCUUUCUCCUGCUCCAAGAAGAGCCGUGUCUGUGCUUUGCUACCUCUUGGAGUCUGCCCAGGACACACACAGGCAGAGAGGGACAAAUGGGGAUAGUUAUUUGUUUUUUCUGUGCUUUCCUCUUUCUAGAACUCCUCCUCCUCUCUUGGGGCCACUCUUCGCCUUGCCAUGAGCUUUCUGAGAAACAGUCAUAAACAGUCUCCCCUGUUCUCCCAGCCAGACUUUCUUACUCCACCCUUUCUGGUGUCUGCAUGGGGUAGAUGAGACCCUGGCCGUUUUUCCGCUCUGUUCUGGCCGCGUGUGGAGCCGUGGGCCUGAGACUUCGUGAGUCUUCAUCCCUCAUGGUUUCCUCCUGUCACCAGCUCUUCUUGUGAGUGACUGAAACCGUGUUUAAAAUGUGACUCUCCGAGAGGAGAACCCGCUGGCUUUACCCUUGUGAAACUUGACGGCGCUUUAAGUAAAGUGCCACCCCCAAACUUAAGGUAGCUAAACCAAUUUUAAAAACAGAUUCAAUGGCUUGUUCAUCCUCCAGAUGUAGCUAUUGACGUACACUUCGCACCGGAGUGUCAGAAAUUGUGGUGGUCCUGAUUUAUAGGAUUUCUUAAUUAAAAUGUCUGCUGAAUAAAUUUGGUUUUGUUUUGGA